GGGGGUGGGGGUGGGGACAGGUGUCCCCCUGAAAUAGAGCGCAAGCUGCAGACUGAGUUUGGCCGUAACCCAGGAAGUAACGUCAGAGACAGGUAAGAAUGACCACUUUAACUCACCGGGCCCGUCGUACAGAAGUAGGGAAGAACUCUGAAAAGAAGGUGGAAAGUGAGGAAGACGCUAAUCAAGACAGAAGUCAAGACAAUGAGGACACUGAAGACUCUAAGGAUAUCCGCCUCACGCUUAUGGAAGAAGUAUUGCUCCUGGGACUAAAAGAUAAAGAGGGUUACACAUCUUUCUGGAAUGACUGCAUAUCAUCUGGCCUGCGAGGGGGCAUCCUGAUAGAGCUGGCCAUGCGAGGUCGAAUCUAUCUAGAACCCCCCACCAUGCGUAAGAAGCGACUACUAGACAGAAAGGUACUACUAAAGUCAGACAGCCCAACGGGUGAUGUUUUACUGGAUGAAACUCUGAAACACAUCAAAGCAACUGAACCCACAGAAACUGUCCAAACAUGGAUAGAGCUACUCACUGGUGAGACCUGGAACCCUUUCAAAUUACAGUACCAGCUGAGAAAUGUAAGAGAGAGAAUUGCAAAGAACCUAGUAGAGAAGGGUAUUCUAACCACUGAGAAGCAGAAUUUCCUCCUAUUUGACAUGACUACUCACCCAGUGACCAAUACAACAGAGAAGCAGCGACUAGUGAAAAAGCUUCAAGACAGUGUCCUAGAGCGGUGGGUAAAUGACCCUCAGCGUAUGGACAAGCGAACACUAGCACUACUGGUGCUAGCCCACUCCUCUGACGUGCUAGAGAAUGUCUUCUCCUCUCUGACAGAUGACAAGUAUGAUGUGGCAAUGAAUCGGGCCAAGGACCUAGUGGAACUGGACCCUGAGGUAGAGGGGACAAAGCACAGUGCCACAGAGAUGAUCUGGGCUGUGCUGGCAGCCUUCAAUAAAUCCUAAAGCUAGCAGGUGGGUUUCUCCUUUUCCCUUGCUGGCCAGUGACUGUCAGAGACACCAUCACCAAGCUUUGUGUGAUGAGAUGUUUUCCAUCAUGUUUUUUCCUUCUCUUGAAUCAAACUCGUUAUUUGGGGAGAGCAACUUCAACGCUCCUGUAUAGACCUUGACUAUUAUAAGCAGACUUUAUUUUUCCCUAUACUUCCACUCCAGAGGUGAAUAAACUGGAUGAACCAACACACACCCAAUAAAUAAACAUUUUCUCUCA